AAUGGUGGUUUAAUUUUGUGUAUAUGAUUCAAGGGCAUUUGGGUAUUUUACUUUCUGGGGGUUUGGUACGUCCAUUUUCACUCCAGCAUUGUGAGAUCGAGGUCACAGAGAAGAAGUGUAGAGUGAAGCAAAAGAAAAAUGGCAAAGUCGUCGGCGACCAAAGACGCCCAAGCUCUUUUCCAUUCUCUCCGUUCUGCUUAUGCCGCUACUCCCACCAAUCUCAAGAUCAUUGAUCUAUAUGUCGUGUUUGCGAUCUCCACUGCGUUAAUUCAGGUGGUAUACAUGGCUCUUGUUGGAUCAUUCCCGUUCAACUCUUUUCUCUCUGGGGUGCUUUCUUGUAUUGGCACAGCAGUCCUUGCUGUUUGUCUUCGGAUCCAAGUAAACAAAGAAAACAAGGAAUUCAAGGAUUUGCCCCCGGAACGUGCUUUUGCUGAUUUUGUUCUCUGCAAUUUAGUGCUCCAUUUGGUGAUCAUGAACUUUCUUGGCUAGAUUGAGGCACCAAAUCCCGAGAAGGCGAAAACAUGUUGCUUUCUUUUACAAAUCUUGGUGAUUUAUAUGUAAGGAUAAUAUAGAGUCAAUCGUAAGGAUUUUGUUAGGCCUUGAAAUAUUUUCUCAUGCAUGAACCUAUAACAUUCAUGAAUCUUAUAUGAGUAUCAGUGAAGUAGACAAACUUUGGCCCUUUUGAGUUCUAUAUAGCCAAAAAAGAGACGAACAUUUUUGGUAUCA